AUGGCGUUGCGACAGAGGUUCAGAAAUCUGGCUGACAAGCUGGCUGUCGAGGCCGAGCCUGGCCUGACGACUACGCAGCUGAUGCUAGUCAAUCAUGACCUGAAGCCCGUGGAGAAGGAGCGCCGACAAUGGGGCCCUUGGAAUUUUGUUGCCUUUUGGAUCGCCGACUCGUUCAACAUCAACACGUGGAUGAUUUCUUCUUCCAUGAUCAUCGCCGGUCUCUCUUGGUGGCAGGCGUGGAUUUGCGUCUGGCUGGGCUACUCUAUUUCGGCCUGUUUCAUUGUCACCACUGGACGCAUCGGAGCCACAUACCAUAUUGGUUUCCCAGUCAUUGGCCGAUCAUCUUUUGGUAUCUGGGGCAGUCUAUGGCCGGUUUUCAAUCGUGCCGCCAUGGCAUGUAUUUGGUAUGGCGUUCAAUCUUACAUCGGUGGCACUUGCGUCUAUCUCAUGAUCCGCUCCAUCUGGAAAUCCUGGGAUGCCACUAAGAUGCCGGGGAGCUUUGGCACCAGCGCCACCAACACUCCCGAGUACGUCUCGUUUGUCAUAUUUUGGGUGUGUUCUCUGCCAGCUCUGUGGUUCCCUGUACACAAGGUCCGUCACCUGUUUACCGUCAAGGCCUACUUUGUGCCUGUUGCUGGGAUUGCGUUCCUCAUCUGGGCCUGUGUCCGAGCCGGUGGUGUCGGCCCCAUCAUUAGACAGCCUGCUACCAUUCACGGCAGCGAACUCGGAUGGCAGUUCGUCAAUGGAGUCAUGUCUUCCAUUGCCAACUUUGCCACGCUGGUUGUAAACGACAGUGACUUUACUCGAUUUGCGCGCAAGCCCAAGGAUGCCCUGUGGUCGCAGCUUUUCACCAUUCCGCUGGGCUUUGCCAUCACCUCCUUCAUCGGAAUCAUCGUCUCGUCGUCGUCCACCAUCAUCUAUGACCAGCCAAUUUGGAGCCCCCUGGAUCUUCUUGGCCGAUUCAUCGACGAUGGUGGCUCCGGCCAGAGAUUCGGCGUCUUCAUCAUCUCCUUGGCCUUUGCUCUAGCUCAGCUGGGUACCAACAUUGCAGCCAACUCCGUGUCUGCUGGAACAGAUAUGACGGCACUUCUCCCGCGAUAUAUCAACAUCCGCCGCGGAUCGUACAUUUGCGCUAUUUUCACGACCUACCUGUCUGCCUACAGCGUCUUCCUCAGCUCCAUCGCCGGUGUCAUUGUCUCCGACUACUACCUCGUGCGAAAGGGGUACUUGGAUGUCAAGGAGCUAUACGACAGCCGCAGCACCGGACCGUACUUUUACACUUGGGGAAUCCAUUGGCGCGCAUAUGCAGCUUACAUCUCGGGCAUUUUGAUCAAUGUCGUUGGUUUCGCCGGCGCGGUCGGCACUAAAGUGCCCAUUGGCGCUACCUACAUCUACAACCUCAACUUCUUCUGCGGCUUCAUCGUCUCGCUCGGCAUGUACUGGAUCCUGUGCAAGAUCUCGCCCAUCCCCGCUACGAGCGACCGAUGGAUGGAAGUUGGUGAGGAUCUCGACGACGAUAUACAGCCUGCGGAUGAUAGUGGCAGCCAGGGCAGUUAUGAUGAGGAGAGACAUACUGGAGGCAAGGGGCAAGAUAAGAAGAGCAAUGUGCGUGAAAUGAAUUUUUAG